UUUCUACUAUCACGUUUAUUGAAUGAGCUUCAACUGUAUACGAGACAUAUGUUCUCGCAUUAUUUAUACACACCGGCUUAUUAAAACAUUUUAUGUAUUAAAGAACAAGCAUCCAAACGCUUGAAGCUCGAUUAGUUUUUUUUUUAAUAUGUUUCCAGAAAAAGAGUCGUUAAAUGCAUUGCCAUCAACUUCGAUUUUUCAAGAAAUGCAGCGAAUCCAUGAUACUGGAUACUUUAGUCCCAUACAUUCUCUCGAGGACAAGUUUCAACAAACACGAUUAGAGAUGGAUCGAUAUUUACGAAGCGAACCGGAUAUGCGUCUUAACUGUAUUAAAGAUAGACAUAUUGAGGUUACUACGGUAGCUUGGAAUGAGUUUUUACCUCCUACCUGUAUGGAUGAAGACGUUAAUUGUUUAUCUCUUGAUAUAGAACUUUUGAAACCGUAUUUUAAUUUAUAUUCAAUUAAUAGUAGGAUUCGUGUUUUGCCGGUCUCUCACAAAGAAAAUACUUUAGUCGAUGAAUUGCCAAUUUAUAAAAGAAAAUCUCCAGGUUCUCAAAACAUUCAAAUAUCUGAAGACGUUAGUUUUGACCAUGAGUUAGUUGCUAAACGUGUGCUUUUGACUCCUCCGAGUUCUCCUGAAUCGAUAUCUAGUCCUUAUAGUGAAUUGAAGUCUCCAAAACCUAUUAAACUUGUAAAAGGACAACGAAUACAAAAAAACCGUGUAAAUAUAAACACUACAAAAUUCUUAGAUUCUAUUACACUUAACCCUGAUAAUUCUGUAAACAUUUCUGAUUUGGCAAAUCUAGACUUAAAAAAACGUAUUCAUAGAUGCCAAUUUAAUGACUGUAAAAAAGUAUAUACUAAAUCCUCUCAUUUGAAAGCUCAUCAAAGGACUCACACUGGUGAAAAGCCAUACAAAUGCACUUGGGAAGGAUGUCAGUGGCGUUUUGCUCGAUCUGAUGAAUUAACCCGUCAUUAUAGAAAACAUACAGGAGCAAAACCAUUCAAAUGUAGUUCUUGUGAUCGAUGCUUUUCAAGAUCUGAUCAUUUAGCUUUACAUACAAAAAGACAUGGAAACGGCCAACUAAAUAUAUCGAAGUAGAUUUAAAAUCAUGCGACUUUAUAUUUCAAAUGAUAUAUAAACUCGUUGAAUAAA